UCUGGCAAAAAAAUUUAAAAAAAUGAAGUUUUCUUUUAUAGCUACAGUAAGUUUGUAGGUUAGAAAGUAAUAACUAGGGAUAAGAAGGGCUGACGAGGUCCGGCUGUGAAGGAGGAGGAGGAAGCGCAGGAGGAGCAAAGAAAUCAUGGUGGCAGUUGUGCGUGUGCGUUUGAGCGGAUGGCGAUGACGAUGGGGUCGUGAGGGAAUAGGGUUCGCGAGGACGUGGACGAGCGCGUAGGAUUUGUGGAGUCGGGUCUGCGGAAGACGGCGAAGGCGCGUCGGCAAGAUGUAUAAUGGGAUAGGGCUCUAGACUCCUCGAGGAUCGGGUACCAAUGGGUACAUUCAGACGAACAAGUUUUUUGUGAAAUCGAGGCCUCUGAAGUCGGAGGCGCGGGAAUUUCAAAAUGGCCAGGGUCAGGGAGGGGUGUCGCGGAAGGCGAAUAAGGAAAUUUUGGAGCACGAUCGGAAGAGGCAGAUCGAGCUCAAGCUCACGCAGCUCGAGGAUGAAUUGCUUGAGCAGGGAUUUUCUCUCGAGGAUGUUGCCGAGAGGGUUGAAUCCUCCAGAAAAGUUCUUGAGUCUUUCAGCUCCGAGAAUGAUACCACUACUACCUCGACAAGGGUGUCCGACACACAGACUCACCAAAUCGCUGCACGAAAGGAAAAGCAAUUAGACGUUAUGAAAGCCGCCCUAGGUCUUGACGAUAUCAAGGAAGGCGAAGCGUUUGAUCGGGAAUUGCAGGAGCAGCGAAAACAAGAACGAGUAAUCGCUCGAGAAGAUAAAGAAAGGGAACGGAAGGAGAAGCUACUCGAGGCUAACGGUGGAAGGAUAUCUCCCUCCGAAGAGCUGAAACUGACCUUGUGUAGAGAUCGAGUCGACACCGAGUCCUCGGAAGCAACUUACGUGAGCACGGAUAAUCUUAGGGCCAGCGGAAGCGUAUCUUUUGAGGUUUAUGAUAGAGAGCAGCUGCUUCUUUGUGGCAACUGAGAACGGUCAGACCCGAAGAUUGACACCGAUGGCGACGACCGCGAUAGGUCGAUGAGCACGCUCUCCAAGAGCAUAAAACUCGGCUGGAAGAUGGAUCUCAAUUGUGCAGUUACAUCUUCCGGUUGCUCGUUUUUGAAAGGCAGACAGGAGUUUUCCACGGCCAAUCUGAGCCCCCCGACGAUGGAAGUGUGCGUGGUUGGUCGGUAUUCGGCCUUACCCGUCAUCCUAACUGAGGUUGUCCAGUUGACUGUACGAAGAAAAAUGGUUCGGCGGAAUACUUUGGAUUCCAUUGUCGAAGGAGAAGAAGGCGAAAGAAUUCCUAGUGAUCUUCUGCUGGCUGGCCAACCCGAACAGGUCUCAAGAGAUGAGGGAAGCUACAAUUUUGCCGACAAGGCGCUGGCUAGAUUUGGAAGCUUUGACCCCAAUGGGUACGGUGAAGGAGGUGAAGCGGAUUCCUGGUUCGGUACAUGUGUCAGAGUCGGAGUUGGCAUCGGUUUGGGGAUGUGCUUGGGAGUUGGCAUAGGGGUCAGUUUACUCGUUCGCACCUACCGAGCCACUACUAGAUCUUUCAGGAGAAAACUCUUUUAGCCUCCCCUAUGAUCAGCUCUUUAUGGGUUGAAUGAAGAGGCACUUGUGCAUCCCCUAUCCAGUUUUACUCGGUGCAGAUUAUUUCAUAUCGGAUACACUUGUCAAGCAGGUUGCUCGGCAAAAUAGCCCUUAUCCUACUGCUCAACUUGCAGUGGUAGGCCGGCAGAAAACAUGAUUGGUGGUUAGAAUUGCUAUUGAAAUCUAAUCUUACCACCGCCAGGAACAUCUUAUCAACGACAUGAAGGAGAGGUAUCCAUUAGAGGCUAAUGAAGCCUUCGCGCGUUCUACUCAGUUUGAUAGUCAGUUGGAUUUACUAGAGAUAGAGUUAUAGGCUGGGGUACAGGACGGUCUUAAUAAGUCUGCGUGAAGCAAGUGUUUUGCUUACACCGAUCUUGUAAUGCAAACUUGGAGUGGGCCCUGGACGUAAUGGACCUCUCUUACGUUAGGCUUGAUGGAAGUACGCAGGUAAGAGAUCGUCAGGAGAUUGUGGACUCCUUUAACAACGAUCCUGAAAUUUUUGCUUUUCUCCUAUCAACCAGGGAGGGGGGGGGGGUGGGGGUCAAGGUUUGAACUUGACUUGGCUCCCGUCAAGUUUAUAAGUUUACAUUAUAAUUCGUGAUGUCAAUUUCAAUUCCCAAAUGGAUAGGCAGGCAGGAAGAUAAGUAGAUGUUUGCUAGCUGAGAUGAAGGAUGAGGAGAGGUGGCAGUUGUAUGUUCGAUGCCAGCCAGGUAGCCACCAUUCUUGAGGUUAGGUCCCCGUGUUUGACGUAGUGUGGAAGCGCCGAGCCUACAUGCCAGCCGUUCGCUCACCGCGAGAGCAGUUUUGGGCAGAUCACCGACCGCCCGCCGAGCUCUAGAAGCAGACUCCCAAACCCGAUCCUCACAACCAAUGCUUUUCCCUAAAUUACAGAUCUGUUUCGCUAACUUCCCUUACCUACAUUUUUUCGACUAGAGGCAGUUCACCUUGGAGACCUGAUGCGCUUUUGAGCACCGACCGUAGAAGGAGGAGCAUCUUGGUUCACAAGGGGCCAGAUGAGCAGGCUCCUACAGAGUUUCCAUGAUGUCCGGCAGAGCUCACGGUUCGAGUAAUUCUAGGAGUAGGUUAGCUCCCGGAUAGUAUGGCAGCGAUUAACGAUGGGGCUUAUGAGCACCCGACUGCUAAUCCGGAAAGUUAGCGGCGGCCACUAGAAAUAAGAGUCAGCCACCGGUCCGGAAUUGACGGGCUUUUAGUUAGUCACUUGUGGGAGAUAGUAUUUAAACCUCGGUUUUUCUCAAGGCGAGGGCCUCUUUUUGUACUCCGUUUUGAGUUGUUCCAUUGAGAACAUACAUAUAGCUCUUAUAUGUGGACGGUUGUUGAAACAGGCCUAGGGAUUGUUGUCUUGAGUAGAUAUUCGGGAAGAGUGUUGAACAGUAUGAGAAUCUAGUGGAGUGCCCGGAGUGAGUGGAAAAGGGUCAGGCGUAGAGUGUUGACAGUUUCCAUCGUCUGGAAGAGCCUAGAGGGGAGGGAAGACUUACGGCAGCAUAGGCUGGUAGUCUUCAAGACACGAGCGUUGUUUGUAGACCGGAUUCCUUCAUAGAGUCGGUCACUUUCUGAUGCUAGGAUUAAAGCCAGGUCACUAACUGCGAACCAGUCCAGAAGUGAGAGACGACGUCAGAUUUGGUGUUGGUAUUAUACCUAUGGUGUUGAUCUUCGUAUUAUACGAUCUACAUAUUGGUGUUGAUCUUCGUUCCCACGAAGAUCUAGAAACUGUAGAUCUUCGUGGGAACGAACGCGGAGUGGUUUACUUUGGGAAAUGUUUAGUGUAAACUAAGUCGUCUCCGAAGGAAUACUCAUACCACGUCGUGCUACAUAUGAUUUUUGGCGCCGCUGCCGGGGAUCUAUAUGAUUUUCUCCCAUACAGACAAGAAAACUAUUCAUCAGUCGCUCUAAGUUGGGAUCAGGUUGUAAAACCGUAUGAAUCCGAACUCUAAAGAGACGGAAGGUUUGAGAAGGUCUAGUAGGAAGAAGAAGGGAGAACAGGAGCAGGAGGCCCGGCCUUCCGCCACUACUAGAGUAGAAUUUACAGAAGAAGUAGAUCAAGAGAUAGCUGGGACUUCCGGAUCAGGGGAGCAAGCUGGGACGCUCCCACCGGGGCCGGAGACUGGACAGGAGGUUGAGGAAGUUCCCAUGGCUCGGACAUCUUCAAGGCUGAAGUAUCGGAAGUUCCGAGGAGAUUGUCGGGAGGACGUGGACGAAUGGUUGAAUGAGUUCAAUGCCACAGCCGCCGCUAAUUAAGAGGAUGAAGUGGUGAAACUCCGGCUCUUCCAAGGAUUGUUGAAGAAAGAAGCGCUCCAGUGGUACCAGGAGGAACCGGAGAACGUAAGGGAGAAUUGGAGGGCGUUAACCAUUGCCUUUCGGAGGACCUUUCGGGAAGUAGGAGGCAAGGCCCGGACAUUGGGAAAACUAAGCAAAAUGAAGAUGGAACCAGACGAGUCGGUAUGCAGGUAUGGACAGCGGGUGAGAAGUUUGAUUCAUAAGUUAAGUCCCGAAAUUGCGGCAAGCAUCCAAGUGGAAUGGUAUGUUGCUGGUUUACCGGAUCAGAUGGCUUUUCAGGUGCGUCAAGCCAGGCCUCAGACAUUACAGGAAGCCAUGGAGGCUGCCCAAAACUAUGAGAACUCCAAACAGUCCAUACGGCAGUAUAGAAGGUCUGGGAAGAGUUCGAGACGUUAUCGGAAGAAACAUCAAAAUCGGAAUUUAAGUUCGGACUCCAGCAAUUCCAGCUCGGAAGAAAGUUCGGAAACGGACGGAAGUGACAGCGAAGAUGGACGCUCCACCCGUAAGCCGGCAGGAAGCAAGGGUUAUCGGAAAGAGAAGGAACGGACGAUAGUUAAGGUCAAAGAGGAGUAUCCGUCAGAGAAACGGAUGAUCAAGGACCUGGUUAGCAGCAUUGAAGAACUCAAGGUCCAAAUGGUAGAAGAGAAGAAGGCAAGAAAGGCACUCCCAACCCUUCGUAACAACGUCUGGUGUACCAAGUGUGGUGAAGCCGGACACUACAAUAGGGAAUGUCCACACGGACCCACAAAACGAGUUCAGUUCGUAGAUGAAGAAGGCUUGGUGUUUUUUGCGGAAGCCGGAUAUGAAAAGGAGGAGUUGGGGAUGUUACCGGUGUAUCAGGUGACCCCGGCUUAUGGACGAGGACGGAUGUUGCAACCAAUGAUAAGACCGCGACCGGGAAUGGGCUUUCCUGCAUAAGGACAUCAAACGGCACCCAACCAGGUACGGCCGCCAGUUUCCAUAGAGCGACAAUUCGGAUGCUGUUUUAUCUGUGGAGAAACCGGACAUUACGCCAACAGGGCAAGGGGCGCCGUUGGAACUUCCGUGCCAGAACUGUAGACAAUAUGGACAUACAGCUUCCCAAUGCCAACAGCCGGUCCGACCAAGAGUGGUUUACAAACAAGUGGAGGAACCCCCCCCCCCCCCCCCCCGUGAAAGGACCGGACUCAAUUACGGCCACAAGGACGGAGUAGAAAAUCCUGUGAAUUGACGGUUACCGGUGGAGCUGCGAGAGAAAACCAACAUAGACAUACACCAGGUCAGUUUACGUAGCUCCACCCGAAAAUCUGAUAUGGAUCGAAGGAAGAGAAACUCCGGAGUUAGAACUAGAUCUCAAAGGAAGAACAGGAGCUAGUCAGAAUCCUCCAAAACCUCCGAAAGUUCAGAGGCUGAGGUUCCUCCGGAAGCAGCUCCGGCUGAAAAAGGGGUCGAGCCAUUGCCCACAAUGCCAGAUAUCGGUCCGGAGAUUAUUUCGGAGCUCCAUCAAGGACAAGAACGGAAGGUUAGGUUCAGUGAGACUCUAGAGUUCAUCCGACCGGAAAUCAGGGCCAAGGUAGACGAGUAUGAUAUCCUCCGCGAUAUUCAGGCACAACUAGCGAAUGUGACCAUUGGCCAACUAUUACACGAUAAUCCCAAUUAUCAAAAACAGGUCAAGUCAGGUCUGAUCCGGGCCAGGAAACGGAUGGUCUGACUGCCAUCCGUCGCAAUCAACUUCGCCGAGAUAGAAGACUUUGGUGCACCGGAAAUUUCUGUAGAGAUUGAUGGGUGUGUCAUUCAGAAGGUACUUGUAGAUGGAGGUUCAGGAGUAAUUCUCCUCCUUGAAAGCACGGCUAAUGAUCUAGGCUAUACGGUGUUCGAACCAACUAACCAAACACUACGGAUGGCCGACCAGUCUUGAGUAGUUCCGGUGGGUAAACUUUCGGCAGUACCCACUAAGAUUUCUGGGUUAACCUACCCGCUGAACUAUUUGGUGAUUAGGGUGGAAGAGGGCAAUCCUUUUCCUCUGUUGUUAGGACAGCCGUGGCUGUACCUGGCCGGAGUCAAAGUGAACUGGGCAAAGAUGGCCUUCUCUUUUGGAGACUCGGCCGUACUUCUCUCUUGGAAACCGGAACCUCAUCUUGGGGAAACUAGCGAGAUGGACGGAUACACCUCAGACUGGACAGAAUCAGACAAUUCAGAAUCGUUACAGUCCUAUCAGGUACAAGAGUUCAAGGAGGUAUCCGAAGAGGAUUUGGGAUUCGUCAAUCCAGUUCUGGAGCAGGAGUUGGAUGACACUGAGUUGCCAAAUCGAUCCCAGGACAAGAGUUCAAGGAGGAAUCCGAAGAGGAUUUGGGAUUCGUCAAUCCAGUUCUGGAGCAGGAGUUGGAUGACACUGAGUUGCCAAAUCGACCCCAGGACGUGGAGAAGAUAGAAGACCGAUCGUUGGGAGAAUCGAGUGUCAAGCUAUCCUCGGAAUGGAUUAGGGAGUAGUUUGCUUCCGGUGCAGUCCGAACUGGGUCAUCUGGAUCACAGACAGUCGAUCUCCCUUGGGCUGCACUACCGGAAUCAAUAGGAACGGAUGCCACCGAACCAGUAAAGAACAUUGUAGCACCGGAAGAUUAUGAGGCGGUCAAGACAGCAGCCGGGAGAACCUUCUACCUAGGAAAGGGACUAUCUAAUCAGGAACGGAAGCAAUACUUGGAUUUCCUCACUGAAUAUGAUGAUAUAUUUGCAUGGCUCCCAGCGGAUUUAGUCGGUAUACCAACAGAACUUAGGGGAACACCACAUUGAUUUAGUAGAAGGGGUAGUUCCAGUCCGUCAAAGGCAGUACCGACUUAACCCAAAAUACUCUGUGAUGGUAAAAGAGUAACUCGACAAGCUCCUGGAGGCCGGAUUCAUCUACCCAGUGAAUCACUCGGAAUGGGUAUCGCCUAUCGUCAUAGUCCCUAAGAAGACAGGACCAGACGGCAAGGUUAAGAUACGGGUAUGUCAAGAUUUCAGGAAGCUCAAUGCCGCCACCAAGAAAGAU